UGGCAAAGCAAGUCACCAUUUAGGGUCCCCACCAUGGGCAACAAGGGGGCUUCGCUGAAAGGUUUGUUGCUGGUGGCUCUUCUGGUGUCCCACAUGUUUCUGACAAAGGAAGGAGUGACGUCCUUGCCAAUCUGUCCCAGUGGAUCCGUCAACUGCCAAGUCUCCCUUGGGGAACUUUUUGAUCGGGCAGUUAAACUUUCACACUACAUCCACUUCCUCUCUUCAGAAAUAUUCAAUGAAUUUGACGAACGCUAUGCCCAGGGCCGGGGGUUUAUUACAAAAGCUGUCAAUGGCUGCCACACUUCCUCCCUCACCACUCCCGAAGACAAGGAGCAAGCUCAGCAGAUUCAUGUAAGUCCAAUUUCUAAUGCGUUCCGUAACCUGGUGGUGGGUGUGCUGCGCUCCUGGAACGAUCCCCUGGGUCACCUGGCAUCCGAAGUCCAAAGAAUCAAAGAAGCUCCCGACACCAUCCUCUGGAAGGCUGUAGAGAUUGAGGAACAAAACAAGCGACUUCUGGAAGGAAUGGAGAAAAUAGUUGGGCGGGUUCAUCCUGGUGACAUAGGAAAUGAAAUCUACUCUCCGUGGACAGGCCUUCCAUCCCUGCAGCUUGCGGACGAGGACUCGCGGCUCUUUGCCUUUUACAACCUGCUGCAUUGCCUCCGCAGAGAUUCCCACAAAAUUGACAACUAUCUCAAGCUUCUGAAGUGCCGCCUAAUCCACGACAGCAACUGCUAA